AUGCCCUUCUGGUGCAUGGUUCAAAUCAACUUGGCCAACUCGGAACGGGAGACUUUGAGAAACGAGAAAAAUCCUACUAAGGUUGAUCUUCCUAGUGGUGUUUCAGUUCGAAAAGUGGCUUGUGGCUUUGCUCAUACCAUAGUGAUGGGGUUAAUUUCAGAUGAGUUGAGCAAUGAACUCAAUAAUAAUGAGGGAAUACAACAUCAAGCGGGUGUAUCCUCCAUGCUUUGCUUAUUGGGAUGUGGUACAAAUUCGUGUUCUCAACUCGGGCAAUCAGGAAGUUCUUUCAAUGAUACAGAAAUUCUGAACUUUAGCCCUGUUCAAAACUCAAAAUGUUUGCAAGAGAUGGGAUCCAUAUUUUGUGGUUGUAAUUUUACCAUGAUUUUCUCAAAGGAUGGAAAGUCGUUGCAUGCCAUGGGUGACAAUGCUAAUGGACAAAUUGGAUUGAGAAAUUGGCUGGAAGUAAGCAUGCCCAAUCCUGUGCCUUUGAAAGCAUUGCAAAGUAGUGUCACGAAUGAAUUGGAUACCAUUGUGAAGGUUUUCUGUGGUUUUGAUCAUACCAGUGUUCUUUGCGAGAGCGGAAGUGUCUAUUCGACAGGAAAGAACAAUUUUAAAGAACUUGGAUUUGCAACUUGUGUCAUUCAAAAUGAUAGUCAGUACACCCUCGUGCGCGUGGCUUGUUUGGAUUCAAUUUUGCAACCCAAUGAACGUGUUGAAAUGAUAGCGUAUGGAGAGAAUCACUCUUUAUUACUGUUAAGAAAUAAUCGUACAAACACAGAUCGGUUGAUAGCUUGUGGAGACAACAAAUAUGGUAAUAUUGGACUUCGGGCCUCAGUACCUUCUGUGUCAAGUUUUACUCCAGUUGAAAUUGACAAUCUUCAAUCGGAACAGCACAUUUCCAAAAUAGCUUGUGGUGAAUUCCAUAGCGCUGUGUUGUUUCAAAACGGAGAGGUUUGGAUGACAGGAAAGAAUAGUGAACGUCAACUGGGCUUUUCUAAUUUGGAUAACUAUUCCUUUACAAAAAUUGAUGUAUUUGGAUUAGCAAUUGGUGACAUUGCACUUGGAAAUUCUCACUCAAUAUUUAUCAGUGCACUUAGUCGACAAGUCAUGUUUGGUUCAGGAAGAGGAUUCGAUCAAUACAUUUCUCAGAAAUGCACACUACAACGAAUAGACUUUGGAAAGGAAAAUAGCCACAUGUUGGUCAAUCAUGCUAUUUGUGGUGGAUUGCACACCGUGUUUUACAGAGAUCAAGAAAUGGAGGAUGGUCUUUCUCCCCAAAGAAUGAAACAUAAAUUGCUGACUUGCUUAAGAAGAAAUUUCUUAAACGACAUUUCCAUAACCCGUGAAUGA